AUGUUGUCCACGGUGUCCAGUGUCCCACUCGAAUUAAAUACUUCGUGUUAUACUACCGUUACUGGAAACAACAGUCUCGAUGUGCUAUCGGUGAUCGAGUCGGAAAAUGGCACCGCGGCUCUCUACAUGUUACCAGCUUACAUUCGCACUACGUCCAUGGUUGUCUGCAUUGUAGUGAUGGUCCUCGGCAUAAUUGGGAACCUCAUGGUACCAAUCGUUGUAUUCCGGGGUAAAGAUAUGAGGAACAGCACGAACAUCUUCCUGGUGAACCUGAGCGUGGCUGAUCUCUGCGUCCUUUUAAUUUGCAUACCCACCAUUCUCGUUGAGGUGAAUUCGGGACCUCAAGUCUGGCCGCUUGGCGAACACAUGUGUAAGGCUGUACCAUUCGUCGAGUUGACCGUAGCGCAUGCUUCAGUUUUGACAAUCCUAGCAAUCAGUUUUGAGCGGUAUUAUGCAAUUUGCGAGCCUCUAAGAGUUGGGUACAUGUGCACAAAAGCCAGAGCGACGUUUCUUUGCUUAGUGGCAUGGAUGGCAGCGGCACUUUGUACCAGUCCCAUCCUACUAAUGGUCACCUACGAGGAGGAGGAGAAUGCCGACGGUACGUACAUUCCGACCUGUAACACGGUUGCCAAUACAUACUGGACAAAGGGUUUCGUCUUAUUCACAAUAAUUGUGUUCUUCGUGAUACCGCUUCUGAUCCUGGUGGUUUUGUAUACGGUGAUAGCACGAUAUCUGAUGACGAAUCCAACGAUUAGUCGUGGGUCGUCGAAUAACUUGCUCAAAUAUCGCAAGCAGGUGAUGCUAAUGCUGGGAACGGUAGUUCUUUGUUUCUUUCUGUGCCUGCUGCCAUUUAGAGCGUUGACGCUCUGGAUCCUGGCUGUUCCACCGACCAGGAUCGUGAACCUUGGUAUUGAAUGCUAUUUUACCUUGCUCUAUUUCUGUCGAGUGAUGCUAUACCUAAACUCCGCCAUUAAUCCCAUUCUCUACAAUCUGAUGUCCACAAAAUUCAGGGAAGGGUUUCUCAGGUUAUGUGGCCUAGGUCCUAACAAAAGGAAGAAGAAGAAAACUUCGGAAAAAACCGGUACUUAUACCACUGGCUCAACCAACUGUAGCAGCAAUCAUUCGGAUUUUUGGAGAAGACAUAGCAGUAACAAAAGUAGCAGCGUUAAGGUGCCGUGCAACAACGUGUCCGCGGAAAAACAGAUGAAAGUGCCGCUUCAAACGACGGUUGUUAGUGGAAGAAUCGUUAAAAAGAAGCAGGAAAGUUAUGUUUAA